AGGAUGUUUCCGCCGACUGAGUGGCAUUAAUGCUCCACUGCAGAGCCUGCUGCUGGGGGACAACCCGCGCGCCAUCAUCUGUUGAUCGGAUUGGAGACAAUUAAGCGCAUUAUCAUCAUGAGCCGCUGCGGUCCGACUUCCAGGUGAAAUUUGAGGAGAGUGAAAUGAUUCCAAAGUCAGGAAAAUCUCCAGCAGACUCGAGGAAAAGUGUCGGCAUCCAUGAGUUUGCAGCACUUGCCAGAUCGUCCUUAAAUGGUAUCUCUCAGGCAGUGAGGGACCAUGUGACGAAGCCCACCUCCCUGGCUCAGGGCCGGGUCGCCCACCUCAUUGAAUGGAAAGGUUGGCCCAAACCUGUCGACCCACCGCCAGCCGCUCACUUCAGCUCCUACUGCCAUCUGACUGAAGGAGAGAAGGAGGCCCGCUUUGCUGCAGGAGUGGCUGAGCAGUUUGCCAUCGCUGAGGCUAAGCUGCGUGCCUGGGCGUCUAUAGAUGACGACGACGAGGAAGACUCCAACGAUGAGGACUCCCACACCAACGCACAGACUCAAAACUUCUCAAGCCAGAGCGCAGAAGGCGCCACGUCCUCAGGAGCGCCAUGCCAGCCUGAGGUUGAUAGCGGUGAGGCACCGCCCUCCGACAGUCCCCUGUGCUCCAGCAGCAGCAGCAGCAGCAGCAGCAGCCUGCUCUGUGGUAGGCCUGCGUCUCACAAUGACCCACAUUCAUCCCAGACCAAUUCACCUACUUUACCCAGCGAGUGCAUGAGCCCCUUCCUGGAUGAGGAGGAGGAGAGGCUGGAUGGUCAUGAGGAGCAGCCGGCUCUUCUGCAGGAGCACCACGGCGAGGUCUGCAUCCACCACAAGUCUGAGUGGAGGCCUCGGGCCCGGAGCAGCAGGUUCGACUCCUGCUACUCCACCUCUCACUCCGAGUCUCCUGGAGAGGAGGACGAGGACGACGAGGAGGAAAGCAGCGUGUUCCACGAGAUUCGAGCGUGGCAAUCCAGCCGGAGAAGCUUCUUCUCCGACCGGGCUUCCUCCGGAGUGGCAUCAUUCGAUGAAGAGGAGGAGAGAGAUGAAAUCGAGGAGAAGAAAGAUGAUUUGAUGUGAUGUGUUGUCCAUCUUUAUGUCUCUUUGAGUCCGUGUUGAUUCUGGAUAUGAUGACAUUAUCUAUUCUGCUUUCACUGUUAACCUCUCCUCUUCUUCUCCUCCUGCUCCUCUGAUCAUCUCUUCUCCACUCGCUGCCUUCUGUCUCUCAUCCUCAAAGCCUUUCAUGUACUGAUCUCGCUCCACCGUUUAUCGCUGCCGUAAACAGUAUGUAUUUAUUGGAGAGUUCAACCAGAAUGUAAAGCUGUUGUUCAAUCUGAGUUUUGUAAAUGUUUUGUGAUGUGUUGCAUUGGAUUUCUAUUGAUAUUUUGUAGUGUUGUUUUUUCUGGGUCAUGCUGUGUCAUGUGUGUCGGGCUAUGUUUGAUACUGAAUGUCUGAAUGUCCUGAAUAUAAAUAAAUGAUUUUUUUUUAGUAGAUAA